CCUAGAGAUAAAGAAACUAUCUAGCUGAUCAAUUUGAAUCAGGCUCUACGAAGUAAGAAUCGAAUCUUUCAUUCAAAAAAUUAAAGAAAACUAGCUAGCUGAAUUUGGAUCUGCACCGGCUAGAUCUACAAAGUCAGAAUCGAAUCGUUCAUUCAGAAAAAUCAAAGAGAAUUAACUAGCUGAAUUUGGAUCUGCACUGACUCGAUCUACACAGUCAUAAUCAAAUCUUUCAUUCAAAAAAUUAAAGAGAAUUAACUAGCUGAAUUUGGAUCAGCACCGACUCGAUCUACAAAGUCAUAAUCUUUUAUUCAGAAGCAGAAUUUGAAUCAGCAUCGGCACGAUCUAAAGUAAGAAUCAAAUCUUUCUAUUGUAUUUUUCCAAAUUCGUUUGUGAAUAAUAAUUUGAGGUCGUGAAGUGAGUACUCAUGGAGAAACCAUGCAAGUCAUCAAAGAAGAAAAUUACAAUUUUGAAAUUACUCCCAAAAGCUGCAGCUGCAGCUGCUUUUAUACUACAAAAUGCACAUGCACCUUUUAGUCCAAGUAGAGAAAAAAGAUUAGCAGCAGAACAUCAUCACAAAAAUCACCACCAAAAAGGAUUUACAGGCCCAAUAAUACCAGUAAUUCCGGCCCAUCAAGUUUCGGGUCGAAAAUCCGAGCCCGGUUCGCCUAAAAUCUCAUGCAUGGGGCAAAUCAAGCAUAAUAAAAAGAAGACGUUGAAUCGUAUGAGAAGUAGCGAAAAAACGAGCACUAGUAAAAAUCAACGAAAAGACGUUAUGAAGAAAUCAAUGUCUAAUUUUGGUAGUAUGUUUGUUGGCAAAUCGAAAUUGAUAUCGGGGCGAAAAUCAGAUGUUGCAGUUGAAAACAUUAUUUGUAAGCUUCCUGAUAGAGCACCUUGUUUGAGUCAAAUGCAACGGUUCGCUAGUGGUAGGGAACCGUUGACCAAUUUUGACUGGAGGUCGAUACAAAUUACACCUCAGGAUCAACGUAAGUAUUAUACAGACGAUGAUAGAGAAUUUAGUGACAAUGAUAAUGAAGAUGACGAAAUUAGUCCUUUUUCUGGUCCAACAUUAUUAGGUAGAAGUAGAACAACUAUAUGUUUGGAGCCAAGGAAGGAAAUUAAUUUAUGGAAAAGGAGAACUAUGGUCCAACCUAGGCCUCUUCAAUUGCAAUAUUAGAUAAGUUCAAAUUGUUUAUUUUUCCCUUUAGUUUCUUGUUUUUGUUUAAUUUCUACUUAAUAAUGUAUGAUAUGUUGUGAAUGAAAAUUCAUUCA